CUCAGCUCAUUCAUAGUUCAACUCUUCUCAUUUUGAUUCGAGUUAAAGGAGAAAUCCUUUUAGAGACUUACCGAGGGAAAAUGGACCAUGUAUUCCUUUUUUCCAUCCUCGCUCUGCUGCUGAAUCUCUCUCAAGCACGUCCUGCUAUGGUGUUGACCAACAAUCAAAAUAUUCACUCAGAGAAGCAUGAUGAAAAGGAUAUUUCCUCACAAAUUCUGGAGGCAAACAAAGAGAUCAGCCAUUCGCUGCUGGAGGGCGAUUUGGCCAUGCCUAAAACAAAGAAUGCCAUGAAAUGCUUGAAAAACUACUGCAGAUGGCCAAAAAACACUUCUGGACUGGUUGAAGUGCCUUACACCAUUUCUGCCUCCUACGAUAACAAUACGAAGAUGAUGAUUGUAAGUGCGAUGAAGAGCAUUGCCAAUAAAACCUGCAUUCGUUUUGUGCCUCAAAGCAAUCAAACUGAUUACAUCAGUAUUGAGAGUCUGACAGGGUGCUGGUCUUAUCUAGGAAGAAUUGGAGGUAAACAGAGUAUAUCUAUAUCUGUGAGUGGAUGUGUUAAUCAUGGAAUCAUUGAGCAUGAGCUUCUUCAUUCUCUGGGAUUCUACCAUGAGCACACCAGGAGCGACCGAGGCCAGUAUGUCCGUAUCAAUUGGGAGAACAUUGCACCAGCCUCUGUAAGCAAUUUUGAGUUGAAGGACACAAAUAAUUUGAAUACCACUUAUGACUACACCUCCAUCAUGCAUUAUGGAAGGACUUCCUUCACCAUACAGUCUGGGAAGGAAACUAUCACUCCUAUUCCUGACUCAUCAGUGAAGAUCGGACAGAGGGUGGAAAUGUCUACCAUUGACAUCCUGAGGAUCAACAAGCUCUAUGAAUGUGCUGCAGGUAGAUUAAGUGGAUACUGAAGAUAUAAUUCCAUUGAAAGACAGACUGCUGAAGGGGUUACUACAGCACUGCGUCACUGGAAUACAUCUCCCCCUUCCCUCUUUGUGUGUAACUUCACUCUAUGAAUGUAAUGGACUGACUGCAGGCUGUAUUUCAAUAAAACUUAUUAAGAGCAACUCCUGGUCCUGGAAGAG